AUGAAGACGGACGUGGUGGCGCAGACGUUCAGCGGCAGGAAGCAGAGUCUGAUCGAGGACGCGCGCAGGGAGCGCGGCGGCGGCGGCGGGGGAAACGGCGGAGGCGCACCGGGCUCUCCGGGGCCCUCCAGGCCCGGAGACGGCACCGUGUUCGAGGAGAAGGACGGAAGGGUCACGGUGAACAUCCUGUUCGCGCUCAGCAGCGAGAAGAACGCAGGAUUCUUCAAAACGGGGAAAAUAUUCGAGACGUUCGAGGCCAAACUCCUGCACGUGGAGAGUCGAGUUGGCCGGAAGUCGAAGAACUGCCCCAGCAGCGACCUGGAGUUCUUCAUGAGGUGCGAGCUCCACUGCUCCGACCUGGACGUCUUCAUCAACUCCCUGAAGAGGGUGGCCGACGACGUGCGCUGCGUCCAGGAGGAACAAGUUCCCUGGUUCCCCCGACAGAUUAAGGAUCUGGACAGAUGCAACAUGCUCAUCACUAAAUUCGACCCGGACAUGGACCAGGAGCAUCCGGGAUACAACGACCUGGAAUACAGGAAGCGGCGCGCCGCCAUCUCCGAGCUGGCCUUCAGAUACAAGCAGGGGGACCCGCUGCCCACCGUGGAGUACACAGCAGAGGAAGCGUCCACGUGGAGGAAGGUGUACCAGCAGCUGCGGGGCGUCUACCCCUCCCUGGCCUGCAGGCAGUUCCUGGACGGCCUGCAGCAGCUGGAGGCGGAGUGUGGGUACGGGGAGGAGCGCAUCCCUCAGCUCAGGGACGUGUCCGCCUUCCUCAAAGAGAGGACGGGCUUCCAGCUGCGCCCCGUCGCCGGUCUGCUGUCGGCCCGGGACUUCCUGGCCAGCCUGGCCUUCAGGGUGUUUCAGUGCACGCAGUACAUCCGGCACGGCUCCGCCCCCAUGCACUCCCCCGAGCCAGACUGCUGUCACGAGCUGCUCGGCCACAUCCCCAUGCUGGCAGACAAAGAGUUCGCCCAGUUUUCCCAGGAGAUCGGACUGGCCUCACUUGGAGCUUCAGAUGAAGACAUCGAGAAACUGUCGACGCUGUACUGGUUCACGGUGGAGUUCGGCCUCUGCAAGCAGGGCGGAGCGGUGAAGGCGUACGGCGCCGGACUCCUGUCCUCGUACGGAGAGCUGGUGUACGCCCUGUCCAACGAGCCCCAGUACAAGCCCUUCGACCCCGAGGAGACGGCGCUGCAGCCGUACCAGGACCAGACCUACCAGCCCGUCUACUUCGUCUCCGAGAGCUUCGAGGACGCAAAGAUGAAGCUGAGGAAGUACUCGGCCAACAUCAAGCGGCCAUUCACGGUGCGGUACGACCCCUUUACCUGCAGCGUGGAGGUCCUGGAUCAGCCCAGCAAGAUCCAGAACGCCCUGAGCCAGAUGAGAGAGGACCUGAAGACCCUCCACAGCGCCCUGGAGAAGCUCGGCUCGUCUUGAGGAC